UCGCACAGGCAUUUAUUCCUAAUCCAGAAAAUAAGCCCUAUGUUAAUCACAUCAACGGUAUUAAGCAUGACAAUCGAGCUGUUAAUUUGGAAUGGGUAACUUCUAAAGAAAAUGCCGAACGUAUAGUAUUUCGGAAUCCUAGCAAAAGCAGGUCCAGAAAAGUUGUGCAAAUGUCUUUGGAUGGAAAUGUCGUUCAGAUUUGGGAUUCUAUCACUCUCGCAUCAAAUACACUUAGUAUAGCAAUGAGUAAUAUUUCACGAUGUUGUAGUGGAAGGCUAGAUACUGCUAAAGGAUGGCAUUGGAUGUAUUAUGAGGAUUAUAUAGAACGAGAUUCAAAUGAAGAGUGGAGAGAAAUGGAGAUUAAUUCCCGAAAAUUCAGAGUUUCAUCCUUAGGGAGAGUCCGGCUACCCAACGGUUUAAUCACAAAAGGAUGUUUAGAUGCAGGAUAUCUUAGGGUCGCUCGAGAAAAAUAUCGUGUCCAUCGCCUGGUUGCAUUGGCAUUUUGCCCGAAAGAAAAGGGUAAAGAAUACGUGAAUCAUAUUGAUGGUGAUCCUACCAAUAACAGAGCUUCAAAUCUCGAAUGGUGUACACAUAAAGAGAAUAUGCAACAUGCCGUACGUCUUGGGCUUCAAUGCCAAUGUGUUGUCAGGCAGAUUUUUAAAAAUGGAUCUUUUCGUGAAUUUCCGUCUAUAGCUGAAGCGCGACGUGUUACUGGAAUUAAUAAUAUCGGGCUAGUAUGUCGAGGACUUCAAGCUCAUGCUGGAGGGUAUCGCUGGGAGUAUGUUGUACAAUAA